AGACCCCAAUGACGGCAGCCUGUAUAUCCUGGGAGGAAAGAACAAGGAAGGCUUGAUGAAGCUGCCGUUCACCAUCCCGGAGCUGGUGCAGUCCUCGCCGUGCCGCGGCUCGGACGGGGUGCUGUACACCGGGAAGAAGCAGGACAGCUGGUUCAUUGUGGACCCCAAGUCAGGGCAGAAGCAGACCACCCUCUCAACAGAGGCCUGGGAUGGUCUGUGCCCAUCCAGCCCCUUGCUCUACAUCGGACGGACCCAAUACGUCAUCACCAUGUAUGACACCAAGUCGCGGGAGCUGCGCUGGAAUGCCACCUUCUCCGAGUACUCGGCCCCGCUCUGCGAGGAGUCCUACCAGUACAAAAUGGCACACUUGGCCUCAAGCGGCGACGGGCUGGUGGUGACCCUGGACAAGGAGAGCGGGGAGGUCCUGUGGGCGCAGAACUACGGCUCACCUGUGGUUGGCAUCUACCUGUGGCACCAGGACAGCCUGCGCCGCCUGCCCCAUCUCAACGUGGCCAUGGAGACCCUGCGCUACCUGACCUUCCAGUCACAGGACAUCCACGUCCUCAAGUGGAGCUACCAGUCCGUCAAGGACUUCCCUGCCACCAAGACCCAGCUGCUGCCGGCGCUCUAUGUGGGGAAGCAUGCCACCAGUUUCUAUGCUGUGACCUCCCUGGUGCACGGCAGCGUGGCGCUGGUGCCCCAGGGCAUCACGCUGGCCAGGAUCGACGGCCCCACCACGGAGGACGUGACCAUGAGGGAGUCCGGGGAGUGCGAGAUCACGCCCAGCACGGACGUCAAGUACCCGCAGGGCAGCAUCGCCUCACCUCCCAACCAGUGGCUCCUCAUAGGGCACCAUGAGCUGCCUCCUUUGGUCCACACCACGAUGCUGAGAGCCUUCCCAGAGAACCUGAGGAAAACCACGGAAACCAUCAUCCCCAGGGCUCCUCCCAGCAGGACCGUGUUCGACGAUUUCCUGUCCCCCAGCAGCCCCGAGGAGCCAGCUGUCCGCAGCGAGGGGCAGCUCCAGCCAGACCCUGUGCCGGGGGAGCAGCUGGAGGUGUACCCCGAGUCUGGCACCUGGGACCUGGUGAUGGCUGGCGUUGGCACGGCUCUGCUGGGCGGGGGAAUCCUGAUCCUGCUGUUCAUGAAGAUGCAGCGGCAGCACGUGGCCCAGCAGCAGCAGCUGGAGGAGCAGAUACAGCUCCUGCAGCAGCAGCAGGAGAUGCUGCUCUCGGGCCGAGUCUCCAGGGAGGGCGUCCCUGAGGAGCCCGGGGAGCUGGAGCUGAGCCAGGGCAGCGCCUCAGAGCUCUCACAGAGCUCCAGCCCCUCCGCCUGCCUGAAGGAGCUGGCUAACGGGACAGUCAGCCCAGAGCCAGCUGUCCCAGUGCCUGCUGAAGAUGCAGAACCAGACCUGGUUGUAGUUGGGAAAGUUUCUUUUAACCCCAAAGACGUGCUGGGCCAUGGAGCUGGAGGAACCUUUGUCUUCAGGGGGCGGUUCGAGGGCCGCAGCGUGGCCGUGAAGCGCCUCCUGCCCGAGUGCGUGCACCUGCUGGAGCGCGAGGUGCGGCUGCUGCGCGAGUCCGACGAGCAUCCGCACGUGGUGCGCUACUUCUGCACGGAGCGGGACCGGCAGUUCCACUACAUCGCCAUCGAGCUGUGCUCCGCCACGCUGCAGGAGUACGUGGAGAGCCCCAGCUUUGAGCGCCGUGGGCUGGACCCGGUGUCCGUGCUGCGUCAGACCAUGUCGGGGCUGGCCCACCUGCACUCCCUCAGCAUCGUGCACCGUGACCUGAAGCCCUGUAACAUCCUCAUCUCUGUCCCGAACCGCCACGGGCAGAUCCGCGCCGUCAUCUCCGACUUCGGCCUUUGCAAGAAGCUCCAGGGGGGCCGGCAGAGCUUCAGCCUCCGCUCCGGGAUCCCCGGCACUGAGGGCUGGAUCGCGCCCGAGGUGCUGCAGGACGCCCCGAAGGAGAACCCUACCAGUGCUGUGGACAUCUUCUCAGCCGGGUGCAUCUUCUACUACGUGGUGUCGGGGGGCCAGCACCCCUUUGGGGACAGCCUGCGGCGCCAGGCCAACAUCCUGGCGGGCUGCUACCAGCUGAGCUGCCUGCAGGAGGAGGCUCACGACAAACUCGUUGCGAGGGAGCUGAUUGUGGCGAUGAUCAGCGCCGAGCCCCAGCGCCGGCCCUCGGCCCCUGUGGUCCUUGUGCAUCCCUUUUUCUGGAGUCAGGAGAAGCAGCUGCAGUUCUUCCAGGACGUCAGUGACCGUGUGGAGAAGGAGCCAGCCGAGGGGCCCAUUGUCUCAGCCCUGGAAUCGGGGGGACGGGCGGUGGUGAGGACCAACUGGAGGAUGCACAUCUCCCUCCCGCUGCAGAUGGACCUGAGGAAGUUCCGCACCUACAAGGGAGGGUCAGUGCGUGACCUGCUGCGGGCCAUGAGGAACAAGAAGCACCACUACCACGAGCUGCCGGCCGACGUGCGGGUGGCCCUGGGCUCCGUCCCCGAGGGCUUUGUGGAGUACUUCACCUCCCGCUUCCCGCGGCUGCUGCUGCACACGCACGGGGCCAUGCGGCUCUGUGCCCAUGAGCGCACCUUCCGCUCCUACUACUGCCAGGGCCUGAGGGGCGACGGCGCCUGAGGGCCGCGGGUCACACACGAGAGCUGUGGGCCAUGCCUGAGGGCUGCGGGUCAGGCCUGAGGGUUGUGGGUCACUCCCAAGGACCGUGGGUCAUGCC